AUGCGCCCCUUACGAUCACAAAAAAAACCCCGCCGCGCCCAUCGCCCCACAAUUUUACUGCCGUUGCCGCCGCCACCACCACCACCACCGCCACCGUCGCCAUACGCCGUCGACCACAUGCGUCCCUUACGAUCACAAAAAAAACCCCGCCGCGCCCAUCGUCCCACAAUUUUACUGCCGUUGCCGCCGCCACCACCACCACCAUCGCCACCGUCGCCAUACGCCGUUAGUUGUGGGAAUACUUAA